AAGGAAAAGGGCGACGGAACACUAAUGCACCUAACGUUACAUCCGCCAAUAACAAGUUGCUAGCUUGUCACGAUUAAAAGCGUAUUGUUAAUGCUUACUAGUCAUUCCAAUUGUCUACAUAUUUACUAAAUGGUCACGUGCAGGUGCAUUAAAUGGAAAACAUUCCAUUUAGGCACAAACGGCCCAGUGGGUGAAUGUGUACGUCCGUGGUAAUAAACGCGAAUCAGGAAACAAAUGAUUCCGGCUUGUUGUAGCUAAGAGGCUAACGCGACGGUUAGCGACAUGCUCCUUUAGCGAGCAGUCAUGUUAGCCUGCUGACGAUUUGGAGUUAUCGGCAAAUAACAUAUUGGGAGACUGAUCGGGUCUCUGGGUCAAAACUCGACGCAGAGCGAGCACCCUCGACUUUUAGCCGGUUCAGAUCAUUCUCUGACCGGGAAAAACGCUCCGCAGACAAGGUUUUUACAAGAUCAGUUCACGCUGGAGUUCUCCAAAAUGAAGAUGUUCUCGGUGUCUCACAAGACGGUCUUUGUGGUGGACCACUGUCCCUACAUGGCAGAGUCAAGUCGACAGCAGGUGGAGUGUGACGUGCUGACGAAGAGUCGGGCUCAGGGGGUUAUUCCCUUGGCUCCUGUGUCCAAGUCCCUGUGGACCUGUGCCGUGGAGUGCUCCAUGGAGUACUGCCGGAUCCUCUACGAUGUGUAUCCGCUGCACAAACUGAUCAACUACAUUGUGAGUGAUUCCGAGUUCCACAUCUUGAAUAGCUGGAGGCACGAAGACCAGAGCACUCAUGAGCUCAUGUCGGCUCUCGCGGCUGUCGGGCCACCGAACCCACGCGAGGACCCUGAGUGUUGCAGCAUCCUGCACGGGCUGGUCGCCGCCGUAGAGUCGUUGUGCAAGAUCACCGAGCUGCAGCACGAGAGGCGCACCUCUCUGAUGGACACGGCGGAGAGAGUCGCCAAUAGGGGUCGUAUAAUAUGCUUAACCAAUACUAAAAGUGAUACCCAUGUCCGGAUGUUGGAAGACUGCAUCCAAGAAACUAUUUUAGAACAAAACAAGCUGGCAGCAGGCUCCGAUAGGCUGAUGGCCAUCCAGCAGUGUGACCUUGUCCUAGUUCACAUCCACCCACAGGGUGAGGACACACUGGUGUCUGACCGGCCAAAGAAAGAGAUCUCGCCGCUGCUCACCAGCGAAGUUCACAGCGUCCGUGCCGGGCGGCACCUUUCCACCAAACUAAACAUUCUGGUCCAGCAACAUUUUGACUUGGCCUCCACCACCAUAACAAACAUCCCUAUGAAGCCCACAUUAAAUGUUUGCGACCAGGAAGAGCAGCACGCCAACACGUCGGCCAAUUAUGACGUUGAGCUCCUGCAUCACCGAGAUGCUCACCUGGAGUUUUUCAAAAGUGGAGAUUUGCACAUGGCCGGCUCCAGCACUCGGGAAAAUGGACUCAAAGAGACGAUUACACUGAAAUGGUGCACCCCACGAACGAACAGCAUAGAACUGCAUUACUGUACAGGGGCGUACCGCAUCUCCCCCACAGACGUAAACAGUCGUCCCUCAUCAUGUUUAACCAACUUCCUCCUCAACGGUCGUUCGGUGCUACUCGAGCAGCCGAGGAAGUCGGGGUCAAAGGUCAUCAGCCACAUGCUCAGCAGCCACGGCGGCGAGAUCUUCCUGCACGUGCUCAACAGCAACCGCUCCACCCUGGAGGACCCGCCCUCCAUCAGCGAGGGCUGUGGAGGCCGAGUGACCGACUACCGCAUCACUGAUUUUGGUGAAUUUAUGAGGGAGAACCGGCUCACUCCUGUUUCAGAGUCUUCCCAUGAUCCCUCGGGGAAGCUACCAGUUGAGCGGGCCAAAGCUCAGCUGGAACGUCACACUCGAUACUGGCCGAUGAUCAUCUCCCAGACCACCAUCUUCAACAUGCAGGCAGUGGUUCCUUUGGCCAACCUGAUAGUGAAAGAGACAUUGUCUGAGGAGGACGUUCUGACCUGCCAGAAGACGGUUUACAACCUGGUGGACAUGGAGAGGAAGAACGACCCUCUGCCCAUUUCCACCGUGGGAUCCAGAGGCAAAGGCCCCAAGAGAGAUGAACAGUAUCGUAUCAUGUGGAACGAGCUCGAGACAUUAGUGAAAACUCACGCCGGGGCCACUGACCGACACCAGCGGGUACUGGACUGCAUCGUCGCCUGUCGCAGCAAACCCCCCGAGGAGGAGGAGAGGAAGAAGAGAGGGAGGAAGAGGGAGGAGAGGGAAGACAAAUCAGAGAAGAAUGGCACCAAGGAGUCUGAUGACAAAAGCUGGCAGGAGUCUGAGAGGCUUAAAGGUUCGCUCGACAAAGAAGAGCAGGAGUCGGAGGUGAUCAAGGAUUCCCCCGACUCUCCGGAGCCGGCCAACAAGAAGCCGCGCCUGUGCACGGAGGAGGUUCAGCCUCCGGAGAGAGCAAAAGGUCCGGUCUCGCUCCUCACCAUGUGGAGCAAUCGCAUCACCGUAGCCAAUUCCAGGAAGCACCAGGAGUUUGUCGGGAGAGUGAGCUCCGUCAACAACAAGUUUGAGUUGUACCAGCAGCUCAAAGACGAAAACGGGAUGGAUGUUCAUGAAAACGGUAAGGCCUCCAGAUGAUGUUUCCACGGCGCCGUCGCUCCACCCCUGCCAAGGAUUGAGAUUUGACAAGAACAAGGGUAUCAAAAUAACAUAGACAGUGAACUCUUUAAUGAGGAAUUUCUACUGUUUUUCUUUUUUUACUCCGGAUUUUGUAGAUAUGCUGUUCACAUAUUGUGUAAAACAAUAAAAGUUGUCAAUAGAGAAUUU